AUGCUUCCGACGGCGCGGGUGUUCCGACUCGCCAUACGAUACGCUGGUCCUGCCAGCUCAACUCUGCAUUCCCGAGGUAUUCAUGCAUCUACAACAACAAGAGCUCGACGAAAUCGCAGAAAUUUGCCCAGUCGUUCAUCAUCCAAGUCAUCAGCAAUCUUUCCAGGCAAUGAGGAUAAUGAUGAGGAGUUUGCAAAGUGGUUUAACGAGAUGCAGGAGCAAUAUCCGAGCCAGGUUCAGGCCCAGGACGAUGAUGAUGACGAAAUACCGAAUACGAUGGAGCUAGUAGAAGACGAAGAAGAAGAAGAGUAUGAUGAUGGUGAAGAACCUGAUGAAGAGACAGAGAAGUUUCUUAAUGAAGCUGAAGACCUUUUUCGUCUAAGCCCAACCGAGUUCCAAAGAUGCAUGGACACAUUCGAUCAACGUCACGCCCACGAAAACGACGUCGACGAUGAGAACGACGACACCGACGGGUUCGACCGCGCCAAGGAAAGAAUUCCAAAGAAAAAGUUACUGAAGGUUUUGCAAGAGAUUAAGUCUCACAGAGCACCGACGGACAAGAAUUAUGAGCGGAUGUCGAACACGACCUUGAAAAACAAGAAUAUGUCUCCGCUAGAGAAAAAGCCGAGGCUGCCCAAGGCUGAGCGUAUAACGUAUCGUCAGGAGAGCGUAGGCAUUGCCGUACUGGAGUUUGUGCAGAACCUUUUGGUUGAGGAUGCAGAUGUUUCGGGAGCAGAUAUCGUGCCUACUAUCGUUGAGGCAAACGUAUCACCUGAUCUGCGCCGGGUAGUACUUCACUGGGAGCCGGUACGUUUGAACUCGGAGAACCAAAAGAUUGGCAAGAAGAAAGUCGAGUCUGUGAAGAAUCGCCUUCAACGCCAGGAGCGCUGGGUUCGCCGCAACGUCACUCAGCAUCUAAAUCUGAAGUACUCACCUAUUGUCCAGUUCAAGCAACAAAAGGAAGCUAAGGCUGAAGAGGCGCGGACGCUGUUUGAGGACGAAAUGAAGUGGUUGGACAGCGUGUAA